GAGAUCGAGAGAUCAGAGGAGAUGGACGCGAAACAAGACGGUUUUCUGAUAUCUUCAUUCAACACUCGAAUCACAGAGGUAGAGGAACUCAUUACCGCGAGCAACACCGACGAGCAGCGUCGGAGAUUUUUCGGAAGUUGAUGCAGGAUUUAAGGCGUGGAGAUGUAGGUGCAGAUGAUGAAUGACAAAUUGCGUCCGCACCAUUGGUUGUUUGGCAAGUUAGGGAAAUGAACGAUUUACGAUGAAUUAAUUGAAUAAAAUCCCUCGAAAUUGCAUCUUGAUUCAUUUUUGGAGGAUUGUCGGUGUAUCCGGCGAUGUUUGAUCGAAUUCUAUCUCCGGUGCUCUACGAAUCCUAUCUCUGGUGAUGUACUUUUGUUUUACCUCAAUUCUCCGGCGAUAACGGACCUCAAUUCUUUGGUGAUCUACUAAUCGUUUGUUAUCCACACACAGAGUGAGGUUUCUUGAAUCAAAAUCGUUCGACAUGCAUCUUAAUUUCAUUAAUUUUCCUUGUUGGCUUGUUAGGUUUUGUUAGAUUCUCUGCAUAUGGAUGAACCCUAAUUUUCUGUUUGAUUUUUAAUUCUAUAUAUAAUCUAUGUAUCUCAUGGACGAACCCUAUCUCCAGUAUUGUAGUGUUGUUUCUCGUCAGUUUUUCAUUAACCUCAGUGAUUGAUGAUAUCUAAUUUCCUACUUGUUAAGUAUAUCUUUCGACAAAGGAAAAUGGAACUAAUUAGCAAAAAGAAAAUUUUUCCUAAUUGUAAAAUUGUCGUUAAUCAUCUGUUCUGAUCUAUGAACUAUGAUGUUGCUUGUUUGCCUGCUUCUAUCAGUGGCAUGCUUAGAUAUUACCAUUUUAGAACUCAUUGUUCCUUUUUUGUGAUGAGGUUACGGUAUGGUAUUUUUCUGUCAAGUAUAUCUAAUAUAAGCCUUUUUUUUUCUUACUGCGUAGAAUUGUAGAUGACACUGUCCUUUUAAAAAAAACCUUCUCAGGUCACACCAGUUUUAACAUUUUCUCAUAAACUGCCAUUUAAUUCUUUCCUGCCUAUCAGAAUAGAUGUGUGAUCCUAUCUUUUGAAUUAAAUAGAUGCCUUAGUCAUGCAAAUUACAUUAUGCCAUUCAAUCCCUCCCUAUGCACACUUAGGGAGGGAUUCUUGCAAAGAUUCAAGUCUGUCUAGUAGGGUUAGGGAAUUCAGAGCAACACUUGAUUCUAUAUUUUGAUGAAAUGAUAAGUUAGUCUUUUUGAAUUUUGAAUGUAGGUUCUCUAUUUGGAAUGUGGAGAAGAAGAAUCAAUUACAAAGUCUUUGCAGGCUUAAAUUGUUGAUGUACUUUGCAUGGGCCAGAGAAGCAGAGCCUUUAAUCUGCUUUUAGCUUGUUGCAAUGGAAACAGCACUUAUGAGCUGAUGAUGUUUAUAUUCUUACAUACUGUUGAUAAUCCCUGAUCCUCUGGUAAGUUGCAUGUCAUUGAAUUUUAGUUCCAUUGCAAAUUCAUGUUUUAUUUUGAGCAAAGUCUGUUUUGUACAUAUAAAACAGUCCAUAAUUUAUUAGAAAACUUGCUUUCAAUGGAAAUCAUCAUGUUUGAGAGGAUGGGCAGAAAAAAGCGACGGAAAAGAAAAAGUUAGUUUCAUG